AUGUUAUCUUCAGCUCUUCGUCGCACGCUCGGAACGAAAUUGACGAGAGGUAUUCCUCGCGCACCAUUGGCAUUUCGAGCCUUUUCAGUUUCGGGCCCUCGUAGCGGAGAAUUGAGUAAAGACUUUUUUGGAACUGGUGCAAAACCUGGCACUGUACCUACCGAUAUUGAGCAUGCUACUGGUCUUGAACGUCAUGAGUUGCUCGCAGCCUUGGAAGGCAAAGAGUUUUUUGACAUGAAACCUUUAGAACUCACCCACUUGGGUACCAAAAGUGAUCCUAUCCUUGUUAAAAGUGUCGAUCCCAUACGUUACGUAGCCUGUUCUGGAUACCCCACUGAUUCGCAUGAAAUUGUCUGGUUAACUGUGGACAAAUCGCAUGAACUCGAUCGUUGCCCAGAAUGUGGUCAAGUUUUUAAGUUAAAUUUUGUUGGUACGGAAGCUCACGGUCACGGUCACCAUUAG